CUGCUGUCACUUCUGCUGUGUUCUCUGUCCUCAGAAGAACUGAUUUCCGAAGCAACAUGCAAAGGAAGAAGAGCUGGUUAUUCUGGUGGCUGAUGUCUUUUGUGUCUUAUGACAUGCUUUCUCAGAAUUGUGUGUCAGGACAGGGUUCCUGUGAGACUAAAUGCAGUAUAACAUCUAACAUAGGUCGUACUCAUACCGAGUGUUGUAUGAAUUAUACAGACAAUGUUUUGAGACGUGGAAACCUCGCUGACACUAUGACAGCCAUUAGGACUCUCGAAAGUGUUCUAGAGAGAACAGAAGUGAAAGUGACCAUGCAAGUAUGUGUCAAGACUUUUGUGGCGCUUCUGCACAGACCCAAUGAUACCUUUGGAGGCCUUAGAAUUUAUGCUGAUGACACACAGGUAACACCAGAUGUGCCUCUUCUCAACAGUAAAGUGAGUGUCCAGCUGCCAAGAGAACUGGGUGCUGGACCGAAUAACAAGAUUGUGUUCUGCAUGUUUAAAUGGCCUGGAACAAAGAAGAGAGUUUUUGAAAGCCAACAUGAAGUAUAUGAUCAAACACUGGUUGGUCUGAGUGUGCAGGACAAGAAGAUAUCAGGACUGCAGGAGCGCAUCAACAUUACGAUGGAGUUUACCAAGGAUAUCAAUGAAACUCAAAAACCCUCGUGUCAUUUCUUUGAUUAUUCAACAUGCAAUUUUAGUGAGGAUGGCUGCCUCACACACUGGACACGUGGCCAGACUAACAUCACCUGUUCCUGUAACCACCUCACAUACUUUGGUAUCCUCAUAAUACCUGAUCAUUCCAUCACAAAAAAAGACCAAGAGAUUUUAACACACAUUACUGUGAUUGGCUGUAGUAUUUCCCUUUUUGGUUCGGUCAUAGCCAUUUUGCUCUUUAUUGCAAACAGAAAACUCAGACAAGAUGUCUCUAUGAAGGUCCACAUCAACCUUGUAAUUGCCCUGAUGCUCCUCAACCUGCACUUCCUGCCCAAUCAGGCAGUGGCAGCAGGGUCCUCCUCUGGACUUUGCUUAUACAUGGCUCUUUUACUUCAUUAUUCCCUGCUGGCCACUUUCAGCUGGAUGGCCUUGGAAGGUUUCCACUUAUAUCUUCUCUUAGUCAAAGUCUUCAACAUCUAUGUCAAGAAAUACCUGCUCAAACUCAGCAUGGUGGGAUGGGGUUUCCCUGCAGUGAUUGUGUCAGUGGUGGUGAUCAUAGACAGAAAGUUUUAUGGUCAGGUUGCUCUGGAAACAUCUAACUCUACAAUAUGCUAUAUAACCAAUUACCAUGUGAAAAUAUGGACUACAGUGGGACUGUUCAGCUUGGUGUUCCUCUUUAAUGUAAUCAUGUUUGGGGUGACAGUCAGACGUGUUUUGAUUCUCCACCACACCAGAGAGUUUGGGCAGAAUAACCUUGAGAAAGCAAAGAAAGACAUUUGCUCCCUGGCUGGAGUCAUGACUCUGCUCGGCAUUACCUGGGGUCUGCUCUUUUUCUCAUUUGGCCUCCUGACCACUCCUGUCCUCUACCUCUUCUGCAUCUUGAACUCACUGCAAGGUUUCUUCAUCUUCCUUUGGUUUGUGAUGUCACUGAGAAAGGCUAAAACCUCGGCUACUAAGAUGAGCAGUGAAACACGCAGCACUAACAGCUAGUAGCAACACCUCCAUAAGAAUCUAUGUGUGUUGGUAUAAUUCAUAUUGUAAUACAGUGACAACAUGAUUAUUUCUUCUUUAAAUCAUGAUAUUUAUUUAUAGAACAGCACAGCAGAGAAGGCAGCUGAGUGAGUGUGAGCAUUAAUGUUAUGUUUGAAGUUUUAUCGAUGAAAUACAUGGCGUAAAACAUUUGUGGUAAGGAAUUAAUCUCUCCUACGAGCAACUUAGAGGAUGGUUUCCCUAUGCAUUGUAAACUUUUCCAUAUUUGAGCACAGUAUUCUGCCUAAAGUCAGUUAUUUACAUACAUGCAUUUAUAGAAUGUUUUAUAUUUUGAUAUUUAUUCAGUUUUUAUCUUGGUUAUAAUUUCUUAUUAUUUUAAUGUAUAUAAACAUUAUAUUUUUUUAGUGCAAAUUUGUAUCUGAACAUAUAUUCUUGCAUACCUUGAGUGUCAGUAUUAAAAGUAGGGAUGCAACGAUACCAAUUUUUUCAAACCGAUCCGAUACCGAUACUUGGAUCUGAGUACUUGCCGAUACCGAGUACAAAAUCCGAUACUUCUACCACACACAAGUUAAACUUAACCAGUAGUA